CCAAAAGCCUGUAUAAAGAAAUAAUUCCCGCAUUCAAGGCCUUGAUUAAUUUUUAAAUCGGACAAAACUAAGAAUUUUACGCUAACCAGCAAAAAAAAACCAGCAAAAUCCUCCGUGUAAGAUCGUUAAUUGAAAAUGUAUUAGUGUUAUGACAGAUGGGAUUAGCUAUUUUUAAUUCACCUUCCACAAUAAAGGAUCAAGUUACAAGAGAACAAAAGCAAUAUAAUAUCAAUUACAAAUUAAUUUUCCCACAUACCCUUAAAGUUAUAACAUUCUUUUGUGUGUAAAUUGUAUCUAUUCCCCAUUCUGUUUGAGUAUCGUAUGAAUGAAAGGACGUCACAAUACUACAACUAGUGGGUUCAGUGAGGCGUAAGCUUUUCUUGAUUGCGGUCACUGAUAACAUAAACACAUUUUAGGAGCCCAACAUCCAACCUCCGGUAAGGGCGGGGUGAUGUCGUGACUCCUCCCAGUAUUGUGCAACAAAUUUAGGGUAGAAUUUCUGAAUCCCGGUCAUUUGUUGUUCGGACCAGUAACAAGGCCAUGGAUCCAUCGUCAGCUCAGUCCACUUCCAAGUGUAAUUCCGACUUUAGCAUUGAAAGAAUCUUGAGUGAUGAUUCAAAAAAUAAAGAAGACAAGAAAGUUCCGGAUUGGUUAUGCUGUACCCGGUAUAGACCACCGCGUUUGCCACGUGCCGUGAACAGUGGUUGCAGGUCACGUAGAUCAGGACGUCACGCGCGGGUCCCCUUCACAGCGACGCAGGCGGCCGCGCUGGAGGCCGCAUACUCUCGCGCUGCGUACCUCGCACCACCGGCACUGAGGGCUCUCGCUGCGGCCUUACAGCUACGAGACGACAGGAUUAAAAUCUGGUUCCAAAAUCGUCGUGCUCGUGAACGCAGAGAGAAGUGUGCGAACAUUAGGCCACCAGUCGCUGUCACACUACCACCUACGUCUACAUCUCGAACCGGCCUUAUGAACAAUUCGGUAUGGUUUCAACAACAUAACUUUGGAGUAUCCUCAACGAAAGCUUUAAUGAUGGUACAAAAUGAGGCAAAUGUAACUAGAAAUAUAAUUAUAGAAGCAAAUGGAAUAUUAACGUGUGGAACAGACUCGGAGUCUUUUGGCGAAAUUGAAAAAUCGGAAUCUCCAUUAGAUGUCGAAACUGUGGAACAUUGAGAUGAUAACUAUUCGUGUGCUGAUGUGAACUAGAAUAAUAUGAACAUUGAGUGACCUAUUAGUAUGUAUAACCACUUUUGUCUGUGAAUUAAUAUGGGCACGACAGGGUACGAUAGUAUUUAUAAACAAAAAAGAAACAUUACCUCAUAAUGUAUUUUAGUAGUAAAAAUUUAGACUAAAUGUAUAAUUUAAAGAUGUUUGUUCUUAGAAAUAAACGAUUAAAUCCUGUGAUAUAUAGAAUGAAGUGUUUUUUGUGUAAU